CUUACAGCACAGCAGAGUUUCCCAGAGGAAGCCUCACCCAGCCUCUGCACUGUGUUCCUUCUGUGCAUACUUCCACAGCUGUAGAUCCAAGAUGACAGCUGUCCAGCUGCUACUUCUGGCCUGCCUGGUGUGGGGAACAGGGGCUAGGACAGCCCAGCUCUGGAAAGCCAAUGACAGGAGUGGCCGAUGCCAGUACACCUUCAUUGUGGCCAGCCCCAAUGAAUCCAGCUGUCCUGAACAGGGCCAGGCCAUGUCAGCCAUCCAAGAGCUACAAAGAGACAGUAGUACCCAGCGUAUAGACCUGGAGUCCACCAAAGCCAGGCUCAGCUCCCUGGAGAGCCUCAUCCACCGCCUGACCUUGGGUCAGGCUACUAGGCCCCAGGAGGGGCUGCAGGUAGAACUGGACAUGCUGAGGAGGGAGCGGGACCAGCUGGAGACCCAAACCAGGGAGCUGGAGGUGGCCUAUAACAACCUUCUCCGAGACAAAACAGUGCUGGAGGAAGAGAAGAGGCGACUGGGGCAAGAGAAUGAAGAUCUGGUCGGGAGGCUGGAAAGCAGCAGCCAGGAGGUAGUGAGGCUGAGACAGGACCAGUGUCCCCAGACCCAGGACACCUCCCGGGAUGUGCUGCCAGGCUCCAGAGAAGUUUCUCCAUGGAAUUUGGACACACUGGCCUUCCAGGAGCUGAAGUCAGAGUUAACUGAAAUUCCUGCUUCCCGAAUCUUGAAGGAGAGUCCAUCUGGCCAUCGCAGGAGUGAAGAGGGAGGGAGUGGAUGUGGAGCGCUGGUUUGGGUAGGUGAGCCUGUCACUCUGAGGACGGCUGAAACAAUCACUGGCAAGUAUGGCGUGUGGAUGAGAGACCCCAAACCCACCAAGCCUUACACCCAGGAGACCACAUGGAGAAUUGACACAGUCGGCACAGACAUCCGCCAGGUGUUUGAGUACAACCUUGUGAGCCAGUUCGAGCAGGGCUACCCUUCAAAAGUUCAUGUGCUUCCCCGGCCACUGGAAAGCACAGGGGCUGUGGUGUAUGCAGGGAGCCUCUAUUACCAGGGGGCUGAGUCCAGAACCUUGGUCAGGUAUGAGCUGAACACAGAGAUGCUGAAGGCUGAGAAGGAAAUCUCUGGAGCUGGCUACCAUGGACAGUUCCCAUAUUCUUGGGGUGGUUACACAGAUAUUGACUUGGCUGUGGAUGAGACUGGCCUCUGGGUCAUCUACAGCACUGAGGAGGUCAAAGGAGCCAUCAUCCUCUCUAAAAUCAACCCAGAGAGUCUGGAACUUGAACACACCUGGGAGACUAACAUUCGCAAGCAGUCGGUUGCCAAUGCCUUUGUCAUUUGUAGCACCUUGUACACUGUCAGCAGCUACUCUUCAGCCAAUGCAACCAUCAAUUUUGCAUAUGACACGGGCACAGGGAGCAGCAAGACCCUGACCAUCCCAUUCAAGAACCGUUACAAGUACAGCAGCAUGAUUGACUAUAACCCCCUGGAGAGGAAGCUCUUUGCUUGGGACAACUUCAACAUGGUCACCUAUGACAUCAAACUCUCCAAGAUGUGAGAAGCCCUAGAGCCCUAGCAAAGGCAGGAGGAGAUGGAGAUCGGGGGUCCUGAGAGGAGCAGGCUGAGGGAGAGCCAACCAGACCUACACAGUUUCUCUCCGACUUCCAAGCUUUUGUCAAUCCAGGACGGUGUGCAUAAUCACCAUCUGACUAUGCAGGGAUAGCAAUCUGAGGGCUUGGACAAUUUCAUAUGAUAAUAGAUAUUCUCUUCUUUUAUUGGCUUUUAAUGGGAUGCUUAUCCAAAAUAGUUCUAGUUUUCUGGCACUAUGGGGCAAAAGCUGUACAGAUGGUAGUUUCUUCAUAAAACCACUGCAUGUUCAGGUAGUGUGGUUAUCGUAAGUCAUAAUGAGAAAUAGCACUUCUAAAAGAAGAAAAAUAGCUCCUGUUGCCAGAACUGGAUAUAUGUAAGUUGCAUUUAGUAUAAUUGGUUUCUGAUGCUUCGGACAGAAUUUAGUUGGGUAUUAUAUCGUCCUUUGCCCUAUGAAAUAAAAUUAUCUUACACAACAUUCUUUUCCUUGAGCUUUGUGGUAAUCUUUGGUUAGAAGAAGAGCACAGACUCCAAC